GUAUAAUAACGCACUUGGGUCCCAGGAUAUGGCUUUGGUCAACCUGCGGGCGGCUUUGGAGAGCCUGCUCGGGCCUGCAAGAGCUGGCACGUUCACCGACGCAGACCUGCGCCUGCUAUUGGAGGGUGGCUACGCUACGAUGGAUGACCUGAAGGAUGCCAGCCAUACAGGCCUCCAGCAAGCUGGGCUCAGACCCGCGAGGGCGGACCAAAUUAUCCAUGCGCAAGCCUCGGCGGCUGGCCUGGGCGUGGGGAGUGCGGCAGGAGUCGGAGACGCAGCAACUCUGCGCGGCCUUCCUGCGGUGUUCGGCAGCGUCAGCCGGGUCAUGCACGCGGGCGCGAGCAUAGGGACCGCCGUGCGCGUCGCGACGUUCGGCGACGGCACGGGCAACAUUGUCCUGACGGCGCGGCACUGCAUCGAGGAGGGCGGCGCCUGCCUGCACGACCUCAGCGCGUUUAGGUCGGCGCUGCGCUUCGUGGCGGCGCGGGCGGACCUGGACGUGGCCGUGUUCCGCGGCCGCCGGGGCCCCGGCCUGUGGCUGCGGCAGUGGACGCUGCUACCGGGCGAGUGGCUGGGUGUGGCGUCGUUCCCCCUGGCUGUCAACCAGGAGCUGGCGGCCGACGACGCAAGCCUGCCGCCAGGUGGGGCAGGCGGGGCAGCAGCAGGCUCAGCAGGCCCAGUCAUGACCACGGCAGCCGAGGUGCCGACGGUGGACACAUGCGUGCUCUCGAAGAUCAGCGCCACUGGACUGCGGGGCAUUGCAUCCGCCAAUACAGGAAUGCCCAACAGCUCCGGCGGUGCGGUGCUCAGCGGCAGCAGCGUCAGUGGCGGCGACACGCUGCUGCUAGCUGGCAUCUACACCGGCAUCGUGUAUCACCUGGACGAUGCCACCAGCCACCCCAGCACCGACAGUGGCAGCGGCGGCGGCAACAGCACCGGCACUAGCGCUAGCGGCAGAAGCAGCGGCAGCAGCAGCACAUCGCCGGCCCUAAUCGAACGAGACCCCGAUGCACUGUGGACGCCAGGCGCUGACGCCCUGGCGGCGGACGCAGUCGCUGCCGCGGCUGGGGACGUCGCCAAGUCGGCGGAGCUCAGCCGGCGAAGCGUCGGACACAAGAACAGCGUGGGUGUCUUCACGACGGCACCCGCGCUGUGGCAGCUGCUCCAGGCUGCACGCGUGGCCCCGCUGGACCCGGAGCAGGUGGCUGCUGAUCAGGCGGCCCGGCGCACUACCAAGCGUGGCCGCCGCUGAGCCCCUGACCCGUACUUGGGCGGACCAAGUGCCGGGAUGGACCAGCACCCAUCGGUCAGCACAGACGCAACAGUGUGGAAGAUGGUCGUAGUGAAGCGGUACUGGUGGCGCGGAUUGAGAUAUUCAACAUCGGCGCUGUGCACCUGCCCAGCCACUGGCAGUGACUGUGACUUGGUGAAGGUUGCUGGCCGGUUUUGCCAGAACUCAAGGGCUAGGUCGGAACCUAGGCCCUGGACGGAGGCUGAGGGCGAAACAAAUCGACCCCUACAUGUAACGUGGAAAACAGCGGACUUGAUUGCAAGCGCAAGGCAUGCAAGGACGUGCACACAUAGGAGCGGUCGCGGUGGAUUGGCAUGGGUCACCUUUGCGGGUCGUUUUGGCAUGGGUCUGACUUCAAGCCUGAUGGCACUGUUAUUGUACAUUACGGUUGGAUUGUCGCAGCCAGGCGCUGUUGUGGAUGGGUGGCACCUCAAAGAUGGUGAGGGGGCAGCCAUUGUUAGCGGCGUGUGUCACGUUGAACACGAACUGCCCUGGCGCUUCGUAGUCUUGUCCGUCAGCGGCCGUCAAAGGCAGGGCGGCAUUGGUGCAGGGCUGGGGCGGGAGGUGGGAGAAAUGGGGGAGGCGAAGGCAGAAAGAUUGUGUUUGAUAUUUCGGCACGGACCUUAUAAUCCCGCAGCAUCUAGCCGUUUGUAGUUGACUCGUGGAGAAAGUUUGUCGGUGAGAGUGGUCAGAGCUUAAGCUCCCUUCUGUAAUGAACCCCCGAG